AUGCCUAAAAGUCAGUUCUCAAAGAAGAGAAAGGGUGGUUCGAAAUGGCAGAAUCAGCCAAGUCGUGUCGCCAUUGAAACAGGAGAUGUUGGCGUCUUUCUGACAUGCGAUAUGGGCAAAGAAAAGAAAUGUCUGACGGAGGCAAUCGACAUUUUUUCUCAGGCCAUCGAGGGCACUGGACAGCAAGAGGAAGAAGAGCAAGACACCGACGACGAAGAUAUUGAGGCCCAGAUCCGAAGGGAACUAGAGGGUCUACAGCCCAGCAAAGACAAAACUCGUCAAUUUCAGCCUGUGCAGAUGGAUAUGCCAUGUGUGGUAUUUAUGCGUCUUGAUCCCUCAAUAGAGCCGGUGCAGCUAGUCCACCGUCUGUGUAGCGAGGCCUACGCCAAUCCGGAGAUCAAAAAGAGUCGAUGGAUUAAGCGCAUGCACCCAGUCACGUCAGUUCGCAAGACUUUGAGUGUGGAUCUGGAGGCUUUUGCAAAAGAGAUCCUGAAACCCCAUUUUCAUUCGGGGGGGGCACCAAAGACGUAUGCCAUCCGGCCUACUGUGCGAGGCAACUCCAAGCUUAACCGGGACGUUAUCAUCAAGGUCGUGGCCGACGUGGUUGGACCCGAACACCCAGUAAAUUUAACAAACUAUGACUUGAUGAUCCUUGUUGAUGUUGCCCAGAAUGUUAUUGGCAUGAGUGUAGUGCAAGGCGAUUAUGACAAGCUGAAGCGGUUCAACCUGGCUGAAAUCUACGAUCCUUCGCCGAAAGAGGCAACACCCAAGUCCACUGAGGCAAAGUCUUAG